GCGGCGGCGCCCCGUUUAGGCGAGGCGGGCCGCGGGGCGAUGUCGGGUCGCGGGAAGCAGGGGGGAAAGGCCCGCGCGAAGGCCAAGUCGCGCUCUUCCCGCGCGGGCCUCCAGUUCCCCGUGGGCCGCGUCCACCGGCUGCUGCGCAAAGGUAACUACGCCGAACGCGUGGGUGCCGGCGCUCCCGUUUACUUAGCCGCCGUCAUGGAGUAUUUGACUGCCGAGAUCUUAGAGCUCGCGGGUAACGCCGCUCGGGACAACAAGAAAACGCGGAUCAUCCCCCGGCACCUGCAGCUGGCGGUGCGGAACGACGAGGAGCUCAACAAGCUGCUGGGCGGCGUCACCAUCGCGCAGGGCGGGGUCCUGCCCAACAUCCAGGCCGUGCUGCUGCCCAAGAAGACCGAGAGCCACAAGGCCAAGGUCAAGUGAGGCGGCGGGAGGAGGGGCGAAAGCCUGCGCGAGGUGUUUCUGAGUCUGGGAUUUUAUUUUUUAUUUUGCUUUUAAAUGCAAAGGCUCUUUUCAGAGCCACCCACCGCUUCAGGAAAAGAGCUGGAGGAGCAGGUGUGGGGACUGGGUAGCAUUGAUGAGAGCGGAAGGAUUAAUUACAGCUCUUAAUCUUCCCACGGUGGGAGCGUCAGGGCUCAACGGUAAAGCAGGGUUGCCCCAAAACGCCCGAGCCUCAAAAGUGGCAGCGGACACCUAGUAAUAAAACCACGGGGAACGGAGAGAGGCUCUGCCAACCAAAAAUGAGCAUUUUCGAGGCAGGUCCCUGGUACAGAAAUUCGCAAAACACUAAUUUCUGCUAAUAAAAACCG